AUGAGGGACAGACUGGGGCACCUCCAACAGGUGCAUAUUGACACUGAAGGUUUCACCACAGUGGAAUUGGAUAAUUUCUCAGAACGAAACGUUGAUGCAGCAACAGCAUCAAUAGCAUCAUCCUCAUCAUCACUUCCUGACCAGGACCAGGACCUGGAUGGUGUCCUUCAGGAGGCCAAUCAGAUUCGACUGGAAAUCCAGCAGAUCCAGAAUGACAUCAGUGAGCUUAAAGACGUCAACUACCAGACCUUAAACCAAACCUCAUACGACUGUGUCACAAAGAGAGACUCUAAUGCCAUCGGAGCAGACAUUAAAAGGAGAGGAGAGGGUGUGCUGGGGCGGCUGCACAAGAUGAGUGACCUCAGAGAGGAACUGGAGGAACAACGUGGCAGCUGUGACCCCACGGCUCGCAUUGCUCGAACUCAGUACCAGUGCCUCAGCAGUGCCCUGAGAGAAGUGAUGAUCAGCUACAACGACGCAGAGAUGAACCACAGGGAGGCCUGCAAACGGCAGAUCCAGAGGCAGAUGGAGGUUGUGGGCAGGGAGGUGAGCGAGGGGGAGCUGGAGGAGAUGAUGGAGAGCGGGGAGUUGAAUGUGUUCAGCCUUCAGUCUGAAGGAAAAACGGUCCGCUCGGCCUUCCAGCAGAUUGAGAGCCGACACAAAGAGCUGCAGGAGCUGGAGAAGAGGAUCCGGGCGAUCCAGGAGCUGUUUCUGGAUGUGGCAGUGCUCGUAGAGGAACAGGGGGUGGGCAUCGAGAACAUCCAGAAAAAUGUUCAAUGCGUUGAAGUGAUCGUUCAGGAUGCUGCAGGACGACUGGAGAGAGCAACUGUAUCUGAUAAAAACAACCCUCUGAAGAAGCUCUUCUGUGGCUGCUUUCCAUGUUAUUACAAAUAG